AAACCUCAAAGGCUCAAAGGUAGUCCAAUAGUCCAAUACGUAACUGCGUAUUUGAGUAGAUGACGUCCAGCUGGCUAGACGUGUUCUGAUAUACGCAACCUGUGACAAAAACUGAAGAAGUAUUUAAGAUUUGGUUCCAGAUACGUAAAUGUCCCUGCAACCAACUUCAUCGGAUGAAGAAGAACAAUCUUUUGCUCGAGGAGCAAAAAAAGAACAUCGAAAAUACUCUGCUUUAUCGAGCAGGAGCUGGAGGACCAAGAGUUUCCAAAAGAGGGCAGAUUUUGAAUCCAAGAUUUCUUUUUCAACAUAUACAAUAAAUCCGUUGUGGUGCCCCAACCUUAUGGAAGUCAACAACAGUGAUACAAUGGAUAAUGGAGUCCCUACCAAUUUGUCCCACUCAGCCAAGCACCCACAAACUGAUACGGACACAGACAGUCCACUUCACUCUGCUGUCCAGCAUGGUCAUCUGGAUCUGAUUCGUCUGCUAAUUGAACAAGGGGUCGACGUGGAUACCCGGGCCACGUUUCGUGAACAGACGCCAGUGCACAUGGCAGCAAAACUUGGGAAAUUCGAGUGUCUGAAGCUGUUGGCAAGUUAUGGUGGAAGUUUGACAUCCUUGGACGGCACCGAGAAGGGAUUUGCGCCGAUACAUUUAGCAAUUUUAACGGGCAACGACGCAAUUGCCCUGUGGCUCCUUGAAAAUGGGGUGUCAGUGAAUACGGAAAGUAGGGCAGGAAUAAGUCCGCUGUUCUGUGCUAUACGAUGCCGCAAUACCCAGCUGGUUAAAGUCCUUAUAGAAAAAGGCGCCGAUGUCAAUGCAAAAAUUGUGAAUAUGGAUGGCAUUACGCCAUUGCAUUCUGCAGUGUUGGUUAAAGAUGUGGAUAUUUUUAAAAUCUUACUCGAGAAUGGAGCGGAUUUCACAGCUUUCUGCAACUUCCGUAACCAGACAGUAAUUCACUCAGCAGCAGCAGCUGGUAACUUAGAAAUGUUCCUUACAAUGGUUCGAUAUAAUGCUGAUAUGUCUGUACAGACAAAUAAUGAAAAAGGGGAUAGACCAAUUCACUUGGCUGCCAGUAUGGGCCAUGUCUCUAUCGUAGAAUGGUUAAUAGAGAAUGGGAUAUCAAUGGAAAUUACAAAUAAAGAGGGACAUACACCUUUACAUAGGGCUGCUUUUCGUGGGAAAAUCCGUGUCGUAAAAUUGUUAUUAAAGAAGGGCGCGGAUGUGAAUAUUCGCACUAAAAACAAGGAACGCAAUACAGCACUACAUCUGUCUGUGAUUGGUGGACAUGCGCAGUUAGUAAAGUUGUUCCUUCAAAUGGGAGCGGAGAUUGAUGCUGAAGAUGGAACUGAUAAUAUGUACACUGCGAUGCACUACGCAGCACAAAGAAAUGGGUUGCUUUGUCUGAUCGAGCUGCAACGUUCUGGAGGCAACAUAUAUAUGAAUGUAGAUUCUAAGAAUGGCGAGGCGCUCAUAAUUACAGCCGCAAAAUAUGAUUCUGUGGACGUAGCGGAAUGGUUACUGGACAGGGGAAUCCAUUUAGAUAUUCGGGGAAAGGGAGGACGGACUCCUCUUCAUUAUGCCGCAUGUAAUGACAGUCCAAUGGUAACCAUAUUACUCCUUGACAGAGGAGCUGACGUCCAUUCACAAGACGAUGAACUCAGGACACCCCUCUUCUGUGCAGUACUUAAACGGCAUGCCGAAACAGCAGGGCUACUGCUAUACGAAGGAGCCGAUGCAUACACCGAAAACAUUGAUCAUUUAAACGCUUUUGACUGUGCAGCCAUGGUAGGAGGAUUACGAUGUUUGAAGGUACUGUUGAUUGGGAACACUGUGAAGUCCGGUGGAAACAAGUAUGGAGAUUUUCCAAUUCAUUUCGCAGCUGCGUACGGGCAUCUGGACGUUGUUGACUGGUUAAUUGACCGUGGAUCAGCGGUGGAUAUCCGUAAUAACAUGGGAAGUACACCACUGAUCAAUGCUUCAUGGGGUGGGCAUUGUAAUGUGGCCAGAAUGCUUCUCGACAGAGGUGCAGAUGUCAACGCUACAGUCGAAAAAGCAGAUAACAGAUCAGUUAUUCACUCUGCAUCAUUCUCUGGGAAUGCACAGCUGGUUGAACUUCUGUUAGAGAAAGGCGCUACUGUCAAUGCACGUACCAGCACAAAUAAUCGUACACCGCUUCACUGGGCGGCUCAAGAAGGUCACCUGGAUAUAGUCAGGCUACUUAUUAAGCACGGAGCAGAUGCCACUGCCCAAGAUAUUUAUGGACUGACUGCAGAGGGUGUUGCUUUUUCUAAAGGCCGUGCCGAAGUCGUGUCCUUCUUCUCAUCUCUGAACCAGUGACACUCUUUAACUUCAGGAGAAAUAAUACAACCUAUUAAAAGUUUCAUAUAAAUUAUUUCUCCGAAAUUUAUUUAGUCAGUCCCGAUCUUGGAAAUUAAUGAGUUUUCUGUCUACCUGUACGUGUUCAUUGUUCUUUUCAAGUUAACUUAGAAAGGGAUGCUCUUUAUAAUAAUACUAAAUUAUUAAGUUUAUAUCACUGAUAAUGCCAUAUGUCACAGAUCUGCAAUGACUGCGGUCAGGUUAUAAAACCAUAUAUAUUGUAACGUGUCUGGAAUCCAGAAGUCACUUCUAUGGAA